GAAAAGAAGAGGAGGAGGAAACUGAGCGCUUCUUUUCUUCAGAGGCAUUUACGUUUAUGGAGGCUGCAGUUGUGGAAAAUGAAGAUCUCCUCUGUGGUCUUCGCUUUUCUGACUCCAGCAAUUUUUGGAGGUCUGUCUCUGGCCAUCAAUGUUACCAUCACCUCCUCCCCCUUCACUGUAGCCGAAGAAGGACAGAACGUCACUCUGUCUUGUGUUGUGUCGCAGCGACGCCGCAACGCUGCUCUGCCGGUGGUCAAGUGGACUUUUCUCCCCGCAGGUAUGGACCAGCCAGAUGACGAACUCCUCAUCGCUCGUGUCAACAUGCGAAAGGCACGGUUUUAUGGAAACUACACCAAGAGCUUCUCUUGGCCAAAGUUCAAACUGAUGGUGGUGAAGCAGGGGAAGAUCUUUGACUUGGUCAUUUUGAACGUUUCGGAGGACGACCAGGGGCUCUACUUCUGUCGGGUGCAGGAGUUCAAAAAGCACCAGGACCGGUGGAAGGCUUCAUCCAAUUGCUCCGCUGCUACUGAGCUCAGAGUUCAUGUGCCGCCGCCCACCACGUCUAAAGAAAGCCUGUGGAGCUUGUUUGAAGAUGUGUAUAUUUGUGCCGUGCUGAUCUGCUCCGUGGGUCUGGUGUGUAUGUGUCUGUUCACCGUGACUGUCACCUGCCAGUACAUCCAGAGGAAGCACAGGUUAAAAGAAAAUUAUCACCUGGUCAAAAGUCCUCAGAACAGCUCAGGGGAAACAGUCACCAGUGUGGUCAGUGUGUCACCUGCUCUGCCUAAAAAAGAGAGGCGAUACAGGAAGAAAAGGAGCAAAGACUACCGAGAGGAGACGCCACCAGAAGUACCUGCAAAAGCUCCAAUUGGGGACAAAACACAUAAACCAAAGCUAUUAAAACCACAAAGGAAGUUAAUAUUGCCAAAGAUCGUGGAGGAAAACCUGACCUACGCAGAACUGGAUCUGGUGAAGCCACUUCCAGAGAGCAAGACGUCGCGGAGUGGCACCGUCUACGCUCAGAUACUGUUCGGGGAGCAGCAGCUAUGAGAGGCGGAUAACUCAUGCUUUUUGUAAAUUACUAUUUUUAAUUUAAAGUUUGUGUUUAUGGCCUGACAGAGACAGAUGAGUCACAUGAUGUAUAGAUAAUAUGAUGGCACACAAACUUUAGUGGAAGACAUUUCAAUGUGAUCUGGUUUCACACUUAUUUCAAUAGCAAAUGCAAGUGUUUAUGUCACCUGAAAUAGAGCCAAGUAAAGGUGGCAGUAGUUGCCAAGGAUGCAUUAGUGGUGUAAUAAUGCAUUGGCAAUAAUAAUGCAUUAAUAAAUAAAAGGAAAAAACAAUUGAAUUUACAAUGAGGAACAUCUGCCCAGUUUGACCAGGACGUCCUCGUCCCUUCCUUGACGAAGGAGGCAUCAGAGAUACUUAGACCGGGCAUGGAGUCUGAUAUUGCCCAUCUCCGGUGGCAUAUAAGCUUUGCCUUAAUGUGGCACUGAUGC